UGCAGAGAGGUCCUCAUGUGGGGUGCCGGGAGUCCCUGCCGGGGAAGCCCCAGGGCUGCCGGACGUGGGUGGGCGCGGGACCUGUGCCGGGGCGAGAUCGAAUUCGGAGGGUCUGGGAAGAAGCGAGGCAAGUUCGUGAAGGUUCCGAGCGGCGUGGCCCCCUCCGUGCUCUUUGACCUCCUUCUGGCCGAGUGGCAGCUGCCAGUGCCCAACCUCGUGGUGUCCCUGGCGGGCGAGGAGCGGCCGUUCGCCGUGAGGUCCUGGCUGCGGGACGUCCUGCGCAAGGGGCUGGUGAAGGCGGCUCAGAGCACAGGUGAGGCCCCGCCAGGGCCCGACGGCCGGCACAGUCCGGAGCCCGUGCCCCGGCCACACAGCCCCCAGACCCUGCCCGGUGCCUCCCUCCCUGCAGCCUGCAGCGGGAGCAGCUUGGGGGAUGCAGCAGAGGGGGGAGCCGGGGUCCCCCCUCCCUGGGAGGCGCAGCCCACCCUGCGGGCCUCGCCGCCGGGGGCGGUGGGGGGGCCCCCACUGGCCAAAGACCCCGCCCACAUCCCUCCCCAGGGCCCCCUGCGCUUCCUUUGCUGGCUGGGUGCUCUGGUGCCCUUCCCGCGGGCCCUGAGGGUGCCCCGUGCUCACAGCGAGGAGGCCCUGCUGAGGACGGUCCCCGAGGGCCUUCAGGAGCUGGACGGCCUGGACUCAGAGAGGAGCCUGCUGUGCAGCCCGGGCAGCCGGCGGGACGCGCUGACCGGGGCACCAAGGGCUCGGGGUGACCGAGGUCCACGUGCUGCCUUCCUGCUGACGCGCUGGCGGAUGUUCUGGGGGGCGCCCGUGACCGUGUUCCUGGGGAACGUGGUCAUGUACUUUGCCUUCCUGUUCCUGUUCACCUACGUCCUGCUGGUGGACUUCAGGCCACCUCCCCGGGGGCCGUCUGGGCCUGAGGUCACCCUGUACUUCUGGGUCUUCACACUGGUGCUGGAAGAGAUCCGGCAGGGAUUCUUCACGGACGAGGACACGAGUCUGGUGAAGAAGCUCACCCUCUAUGUGGAAGACCACUGGAACAAGUGCGACAUGGUGGCCAUCUUCCUGUUCGUCAUCGGCGUCACCUGCAGGAUGCUGCCCUCAGUGUUUGAGGCGGGUCGCGCGGUCCUCGCCGUGGACUUCAUGGUGUUCACGCUCCGACUCAUCCACAUCUUCGCCAUCCACAAGCAGCUGGGCCCCAAGAUCAUCAUUGUGGAGCGGAUGAUGAAGGACGUCUUUUUCUUCCUCUUCUUCCUGAGUGUGUGGCUGGUGGCCUACGGCGUGACCACACAGGCCCUGCUGCACCCCCACGACGGCCGCCUGGAGUGGGUUUUUCGCCGCGUCCUCUACCGGCCUUACCUGCAGAUCUUCGGGCAGAUCCCGCUGGACGAGAUCGAUGAAGCCCGCGUGAACUGCUCCCUACACCCCCUGCUGCAAGAGGGCUCGGCCUCCUGCCCUAACCUCUAUGCCAACUGGCUGGUCAUCCUCCUGCUGGUCACCUUCCUGCUGGUCACCAACGUGCUGCUCAUGAACCUACUCAUCGCCAUGUUCAGCUACACGUUCCAGGUGGUGCAGGGCAACGCGGACAUGUUCUGGAAGUUCCAGCGCUACCACCUCAUCGCGGAGUACCACGAGCGCCCUGCCCUGGCCCCGCCCUUUAUCCUCCUCAGCCACCUGAGCCUGGCACUCAAGAGGCUCUUCCAGAAGGGGGCUGAGCAGAGGCGGGCACGCCUGGAGAGAGACUUGGCGGAGCCCCUGGACCAGAAGGUGGUCACCUGGGAGACGGUUCAGAAGGAGAACUACCUGAGCAGGCUGGAGAGACACAGAAAGGACAGCGAGGAGGAGGUUCUGAGGAAAACCGCCCACAGGGUGGACAUCAUGGCCAAGUACCUCGGGGGGCUUAGAGAGCAGGAAAAGCGCCUCAAGCACUUGGAGUCACAGGUCGACUACUGCACAGCGCUCCUGUCCUCCAUGGCCCAGGGCGGCUCCUACCCGAUAAUGAGCUACCUCUCCCUUCCCCGGGCCCGCCCCACCGGACACCCAGCAGCUGAGGGGUCUUCCUUCCUCACCAGACUCUCAGAACACCGAAGACGGACACCAGCAAGCCUCUGCCGGGCGCAGAGAGGGCGUGGGCAGCGGGGGGCACCCAGAGGCUGGCCGGCUGCUCUCAGACACCUGAGCAUGUGGACUGUCGGCGCACCGGGCCCACCUCUCCCAGAGCCCCGGCCUGGCCCUCUGGCCCAGACCAGGAUGGGCAGGCGGGAACGUGGCCCUUAGCUGGCCGUCCUGGGCCCCUGAAGAUACACUGAACUGCCCCUCGCUCCGGUGGAGCCCUCAGUGGGCUAUGGCUCGAGUGGCCUUGUCAAAAGGAACCACUCCUUGCCCUGCCUGGCACCUUCCCAGGACCUCCCUCCACCUGGGAGCAUGGUGGGCCCUCUCCCAGGCCGGUGGAGAGCCCCGUGGGUCCCCAUCCCGAACCGCCCGGCCUGGGCUGACAGCACUUGCUGAGUGCCGUGCCUGAAGCACCUCCUGUCUGUUGGGCAAGUCUCCCACCCACCCUGUGUUACCCGCCAAAAGAUGGAUUUAUCCAGAACAU